CUUAGGCAAAAUAAGGAGCUCAGCGCAGGGGUCCAGGGUCCUGUGCUUCUUCCUUCUUCUCUCAGCCGCACCCCUCUUAUCCGAUCUUGGUGAAGAGUCUUCCUUGGCUCAAAAAGAGGUCAGGGACAAGAAAGUAGUGCCAAGAAAGUUCCACGAGACUCUCAGAAGUCACCGCCUGAACACCAAACCUGAAUAACCGGGAAAGAUGGAACUCUUAGGUGUUAUGCCCACGCUGCAGGUUUUUCAGGUCCCUGCUUGAGUGUGCACUCACAGGCGUAAAUAAACGUGCUCUCCACUGCCUGCGUCAGCCAACCCAGCUAUUUAAGCAGGCUGGCAUCACCCGACUCAGCUUCCAAAUCCAGGGCUUGCCUUUGCCACUUUCACAGCUCCGGCAGCAAUGAAACUGUUCUUGCCUGACAGCGCCACUUAGAGGCUGACUCAGGAAACACGAGCAGUGCCGGGACCAUGUCGGCGGAGACCGCGAGCGGCCCCACUGAGGACCAGGUGGAGAUCCUGGAGUACAACUUCAACAAGGUCAACAAGCACCCGGACCCCACCACGCUGUGCCUGAUCGCGGCCGAGGCCGGCCUUUCGGAGGAGGAGACCCAGAAAUGGUUCAAGCAGCGCCUGGCCCAGUGGCGGCAGUCAGAAGGCCUACCCUCAGAGUGCAGAUCCGUCACGGACUAGGGAGGUGGUGGGCAUUGGCGGCUUCCCUCCAUGAAGACCAUCUGCUGUUUCUCUUGUCAGCUUAACCAAGCUAUUUUGGUUUCUCAGUGUAAUGUCAUAUGUUCCACUGUUAGCUGUCCUGCUACUUAACACAACGUUGUAUUUUUUUAAUGUACAUAACUAGAAAAGAAAAUAACAAUAGGAAGCUAUGUGCAGCUUCUGUGGAAAGCAGUAGCUUGGCUGGAAAGUGGUGUGGCUUGCAUUUUCCUUCGGGUCACGAUGACAGAUGGUGUGAAAACCAUCUAAGUUUUCUUAUGACCAUCACCUCCCAGUAACAGUUUACUUUCACCAUCGACUUCAGAGCAGGCAAAGCCUCUGUUAAAAAGAUAACAUGACCAAGAAGAAGACAUUUCCUUCCAAUUCUACUUCCCUAAGUCACUUUCCUUGUGUUUCAUUUAAUACAUGGAGAUUGAGUGAGAAUAUAGGGGGAUAUUUGAGUCAUUCAGAUUUCAUAAAGCAGUUCCUUGGAUUAUAGCUGCAUUCACUUGGAAAGCACCCAGUGAGGCUGGAAGACAGAAACUCCAACUGGCAGAAAAAUCAAGUAACGAAGGGAAAAAAAUCCACAAAAGUCUUGAAUUUACCUUAUUUAAAUGCAUUUGUUAAAUGUAUUUUGCUUAACAAAAUGAACUGCUUUUUGUUUCUAAAAUGAUAUUCUAAAUAAAACCUUCACGUUUUGUUGAAAAUGCA